UCUUUCCUUAGGUCCUCUAUUUUGUAUAAAUUGGAAUUAGUACACUUUUUUUUUAAAGAUUAUAUCACGUCUAGAAUGUUAAUCCCAACAAUUUCAACAUAUAUUUCUUCUUAUGACAUGCUCUUGUGUUUAGGAAAACUUAGAGAUGGGCGUAAGGUUGCAGUUAAACGUUUCCAUGAAAAGAGUGACAAGACCGUGAAGCAAUUCAUGAAUGAAAUUAACAUGCUAAGUCUCUUGCAGCAUCAAAACCUCGUUUCAUUCUAUGGAUGCACUCAUCUAGACAGCAAUGAAUACCUGCUAGUGUACGAGUAUGUCUCAGGUGGCACUCUUUCUAAGCAUCUUGAUGCAAUUUCUGGCAGCAAACUAGCAUGGCAUACCAGAUUGAAUAUUGCCAUUGAGACUGCAACUUCAUUGGUAUUUCUUCACAAUUCAGGUAUCAUCCACCGUGAUGUAAAAGCAAGCAACAUUCUGUUGGAAGAGAGUUUUAGAGUUAAAGUGGCAGAUUUUGGACUCUCAAGAUAUUUUCCAGAUUUUGUUACUCAUGUUUCAACUGUUCCAGUAGGAACUCAUGCUUACAUAGAUCCAGAUUAUUAUCAAUCUGGCAGAGUUAGUGACAAAAGUGAUGUCUAUAGCUUUGGGGUGGUCUUGUUUCAGCUUAUAUCAUCCAAAUGCCCAAGUGUCAAGGAGGGAAACGAGUUUGUCACUCUUGCUCACUUUGCAAUGAAUAAAAUCAUAAACAAGGCAUUGGAGGAGCUCGUGGAUCCAAGUCUUGGGUUUGAUUCAGACAAAAACAUAAUGGAAAUGAUAACAGCUGUGGCAGAGUUAGCAUUUCAGUGCGUGCAGUGUCCCAAGGAACUAAGACCAUCUAUGAAACAGGUGCUAGAGAUCCUCAAGGGCAUAAGGAAGGGAACAUGGGGAUUCAACCAGAUAACAUAGUCUUAAUUUCUAGCCAGCAAUGCAGGCUCCUGAGGCCAUGUAUCAAACCAUUCAUUGUUAUUUUGUAUGUUAUUAGAGUAUAUGAAUCUGAGUGUGAAAAGUAAAAGUCCUUAUCAAUUAUAUUGACAAU